CAGAGACUGCGAGGUGGCGUCACCGUCAACUGGGCUGCAGGAAUGACGGACAAUAUUGCUUUGCAACCAGUGAGACACAAAAAAAGACACGACAAUAAAAACAGGAAUGGGUGCUGCCUGUGGUCGAGGUGCUGCGGCAUGGGGGACUUCCGGCCGCGGACGGUGUGGCUGGGCCACCCAGAGAAGAGGGAGCAGAGGUACCCCCGGAACGUCAUUAACAACCAGAAGUAUAACUUCUUCACCUUCCUCCCAGGGGUGCUGUUUAAUCAGUUCAAGUACUUCUUCAACUUGUACUUUCUUCUCCUGGCCUGUUCUCAGUUUGUCAAUGAGCUCAGGCUAGGUGCUCUGUACACCUACUGGGUUCCUUUGGGAAUUGUUUUGAUCAUUACCAUCAUGAGAGAAGCAGUUGAAGAGAUCAGAUGUUAUUGUCGAGACAAAGAAGUGAAUUCACAGAUAUAUAGCAAGCUCUCAAUAAGAGGCACUGUGAAGGUGAAAAGCAGUGGCAUUCAAGUUGGAGACCUUAUAAUCGUGGACAAGAACCAGCGAGUUCCUGCUGACAUGAUCUUCUUAAGGACCUCUGAAAGAAAUGGCUCCUGCUUCCUGCGUACUGACCAGCUGGACGGAGAGACGGACUGGAAACUACGCCUCCCAGUGGCCUGUACUCAGAGACUGCCCACUGCUGCUGACCUUCUCCAGAUCAGAUCCUAUGUGUAUGCGGAGGAACCAAACAUUGACAUCCACAACUUUAUUGGCACUUUCACCAGGGAGGAUGGAGACCCUCCAGUCAAUGAGAGUCUCAGUAUUGAGAAUACCCUGUGGGCCAGCACUGUCAUCGCCUCUGGCACUGUGGUAGGACUAGUGAUCUACACAGGCAAGGAGCUCAGGAGUGUGAUGAACACCUCAAACCCAAGGCACAAGGUUGGCCUAUUUGACCUGGAAGUGAACUGUUUGACCAAGAUCCUGUUUGGGGCUCUGGUGGUGGUGUCUCUGGUCAUGGUGGCCCUCCAACACUUUGCCGGCCGUUGGUAUCUGCAGAUCUUCCGCUUCCUACUUCUUUUCUCCAACAUAGUCCCCAUCAGCUUGCGUGUGAACCUGGACAUGGGUAAAAUGGUGUUCAGCUGGAUGAUCAGAAGAGACUCUAAGAUCCCUGGUACGGUGGUCAGGGCCAGCACUAUACCUGAACAACUGGGACGCAUCUCCUACCUGCUCACUGACAAAACAGGGACUCUCACCCAGAAUGAGAUGGUGUUCCGUCGCCUCCAUCUUGGAACGGUGGCCUAUGGAAUGGACUCCAUGGACGAGGUGCAGAGCCACGUGUUCAGUGCCUACACACAGUCCUCUCAUGACCUCCCAGCAUCCAGAGCUCCGGCGGCCACUAAGGUUCGUAAGACCAUCAGCAGCCGUGUACAUGAGGCGGUGAAGGCCAUCGCCCUGGUGCACUGUGUGACACCCGCGUACGAGGCCAACGGCGUGACGGACCAGGCCGAGGCAGAGCAGCAUUAUGAGGACACCUGCAGGGUUUACCAGGCCGCCAGCCCAGACGAGGUGUCGCUGGUGCAGUGGACAGAGAGUGUGGGUCUGACCCUGGUUGGACGGGACCACAACUCCAUGCAGCUGAGGGCUCCCAGUGGACAGAUCCUGAACUUCACCAUCCUGCAGAUAUUCCCCUUCACCUACGAGAGCAAGCGGAUGGGAAUCAUAGUUCGAGAUGAGUCCACAGGAGAAAUGACCUUCUACAUGAAGGGUGCAGACGUGGUGAUGGCAGGCAUCGUCCAGUAUAAUGAUUGGCUGGAAGAAGAAUGUGGAAAUAUGGCCAGGGAAGGCCUGAGGGUCUUGGUUGUUUCUAAGAAGUCUCUAACAGAGGAACAGUACCAAGACUUUGAGGCCCGAUACGUCCAGGCCAAGCUGAGUGUGCACGACCGGUCUCUGAAGGUUGCCACGGUGAUCGAGAGCCUGGAGAUGGAGAUGGAGCUGCUGUGUCUGACGGGGGUGGAGGACCAACUGCAGGCUGACGUACGGCCCACCCUGGAGAUCCUACGCAAUGCAGGCAUCAAGGUGUGGAUGUUAACUGGAGACAAGCUGGAAACAGCCACGUGCACGGCUAAGAACGCCCAUCUGGUGACCCGCAACCAGGACAUCCACAUCUUUAGAUCGGUGACAACACGAGGAGAGGCCCAUCUGGAGCUCAAUGCUUUCAGGAGGAAACACGACUGUGCUCUGGUCAUAUCAGGGGACUCACUGGAGGUGUGUCUGAAGUUCUAUGAGUAUGAGUUUAUGGAGCUGGCGUGUCAGUGUCCUGCGGUGGUGUGUUGUCGCUGCGCUCCGACCCAGAAGGCCCAGAUAGUCCGGCUGCUGCAGGAGCGCACAGGCAAACUCACCUGUGCUGUAGGGGAUGGAGGAAACGAUGUCAGCAUGAUCCAGGAAGCCGACUGUGGCGUGGGAGUGGAGGGCAAAGAAGGGAAACAGGCAUCGCUGGCUGCAGACUUCUCUGUGACUCAGUUCAAGCACUUGGGCAGACUCCUCAUGGUCCACGGGCGGAACAGCUACAAGAGAUCCGCCGGCCUCUCCCAGUUCGUCAUCCACCGGAGCCUGUGCAUCAGCACCAUGCAGGCUGUCUUCUCCUCUGUCUUCUACUUUGCGUCUGUCCCCCUCUACCAAGGAUUUCUCAUUAUUGGCUACUCCACCAUCUACACCAUGUUCCCUGUGUUCUCCCUCGUGUUGGAUAAAGAUGUCAAGUCAGAAGUAGCUAUGCUCUAUCCUGAGUUAUAUAAGGAUCUCCUAAAAGGUCGACCUUUGUCCUUUAAGACCUUUCUGAUAUGGGUCCUAAUAAGUAUCUACCAAGGCAGUAUCAUCAUGUAUGGGGCGUUGCUGCUGUUUGAGUCGGAGUUUGUCCACAUCGUGGCCAUCUCCUUCACCUCUCUGAUCCUCACGGAGCUGCUGAUGGUGGCGCUCACCAUCCAGACAUGGCACUGGCUCAUGAUCGUAGCCGAGCUACUCAGUCUGGCCUGCUAUAUUGCCUCACUCGUCUUCCUGCACGAGUUCAUCGAUGUAUAUUUCAUUGCCACGCUGUCUUUCCUGUGGAAGGUGACGGUCAUCACCCUGGUGAGCUGUUUGCCCCUCUACAUCCUCAAGUACCUGCGCAGACGCUUCUCACCGCCCAACUACUCCAAGCUCACCACUUAGAGAGGGACAAGGCGGCAGCUGUCCCCACCGCCACCACCACCACCACCAUACAGUACCUCCAUCCCUGCUUCUGUGCUCGCACUCCUCCCUACCUCUCUCAUCUAUCAGAGCGUAUAUUUAUUAGGACCUAAAGGGUUCCUUUCCCCUUUAAUUUAUUCUUAAAGGUUCUUGUGCAAUUGGAAGAGAUGGUGUGGGAAGAAAAAAAGUUUAAUUUGAGAAGAGAGAAAGUUGUUGUGUAAGUUUACAAUACUUCACUUAGAUGUAAAAACUGACAAGUAUGACUAAGUAUUUUUCCAGACUGAUUGGAUUGGUGGUUGGAUUGACUAUCGCUGGUUGGGAAUACCAUACAAUUUAGACUGAAGCCGGAACCGGAAUUCUGUGUUUUGUCAUGGUCACAGGUCUAGAAAUGUGUGAAUACCAUCAGGAAAUAGGUGCCAUAAUGUACUAACAGAGGGCUAUGAGUGCCUCUUAAUCAUGGACUGACUCAUUAACAAUUACAUUUACAUUUUUACAUUUUUGUCAUUUAGCAGACGCUCUUAUCCAGAGCGACUUACAGUUAGUGAGUGCAUACAGUUUCAUACUGGCCCCCCGUGGGAAACGAACCCACAACCCUGGCGUUGCAAGCGCCAUGCUCUACCAACUGACCUACAAGGGACUAUAUAGGGAAUAUAGAAAUUCUGUUUGGUAUCUAAACAUCAGGCCUAUAGAACUGUAACAAGAAAUGCCUGAUUGGAUUUGACUAACAUACUUGCAUAAAAAAAUAACACAUGCUUGUCAGUCUGAAAUGCAUUGAAUUGGUAAUUAUGUUUUAAUUGCACAUAUUUAUUAAAAGUAAUCGUUGUAGUUACAUUGGAAAUAUAGUGUGAAAUGUAAUUAUUUUAUAUUCCCCCAAAAAAUUCAAUGACAUACAGUAUACUGUAAUAGUUACAUUACAGAUUACGGCACUAUCUGUUAAUGGGUAACACUGGUAUUGAAAGUAGCGUUUCUCAAGGACUUUAUGCAAUUUGAUGUUAAAAACAGUUAUGGGGUUUAAAGAUGGAUGAGUGGACUGAUCAGUUCUGUUUGUGUAUGUGUUUGUGUGUCACUCAACGACUAUAACCCAACCAAUUCGAGGUGGCUUGGUUGUUCAAUACAGCAUGAUAACCCACAGUCUCAGAUGUCAAAGUGUGAGUCUAUCAUUUCGUACGUCUGGGUGGAGAAUGUUAAAACAGUUUGUGUCUAAACUGAAGAGCAUGGUCAAUAUUCAGCCACUAACAGGAUGCUAUUUGUAGCCAAGCCAUAUAUUCCACUGGCCCCCGGACUAGCUGUGUGUCCUCUAGGCCAGGGAGUCCGUAGGCUACCCUGUCAUGUGGUCACUGCCCACUCCUGAUGCCAGUUCUGGCCACACUGUAUCAUUGCAUGAUUCACUUUAGUUGUGACAUGAAGCCAAUUCAAGCCAUAGCUGAAAAUACUCUGACCACUGUCCGGCUGACCCCUCACCUCACCCAGAGCCGACCCCCACAAUUCCCACUGCUUCUCCCCUCACAGACACAGACAUAGACAUGUCCUGAAUAGAAAAUAACACUUUUCACCUGCUCAAAGUGGAUGGCCCAGUAGAAUGUGUUGACGUUCAAUACGUAUUAGUGCACAUUUGAAAAAAAAAAAAUUAAUGAAUUCCUCUCAUACUGUUCCUCCCAAUUCCUACCUUCCAGUAAAUUCAGAGACGACUGGUACAAAACAUAUAAUAGUGUAACUGAUGACAUUGUGUUGUAUUGUCCCAAUUUAGAUUAUUUUCGCUAAUGGGACACAUUUGACACAUUAUAAAGAUGUAGCCUAAUACCAUGACGGGGUUACUGUUAAAAUGUGUGAAUUAUUUGUGUCAAAUAAUGCAUACAGUGUGGCAUAACUGCUAAUUCACUACCUUUAUUGUUCAGUUCACACUGGGCACAGAUGUCAAUUUCAUUGAAAUGACAUGGAAACAACGUUGAUUGAACCAGUGUGUGCCCAGUGUGUUGGAAUUACAGGCAUUUUGUAUUGUGUACCCUACUGUACAUCUCCUUAUUUAAGUUGACGUUUCAAACAUUAUUGAAACCCUUUGAAUUUGACAUGCCUUUUUGCACGGAAUUUUGUUAGCACUGACAACUGUACUUUAUUUUGUAUAAUGUGGACUUUGGAGGUUUCAGACCAUCAAUUGUGGUAGAAUGACACUGCAUCGUUUGCCUUUUUGAAGCAUUGUGUCUUGCAUAAUUGUAAAUAACCUGUUUUUAUUUAUUAACCUUGAUCAUUUUGUGUUUGUAUAGUUGCAUUCUAAUUAGCAGAACAAAAAGGGAGGAUAGUGUUGAAUUGUGAAUAUCGGUGGUGAUAAAAUUAAUCUCAUGUUGUUUUCCUUUCUAGUCACUCAACCUUCAUUGUCAUUUCUCUGAAAUCAUUUUUUUUAUAUUUAAGCUUUUUGUGAGUAUGUUUAAGUGCUUAGUUUUUAAACAAAAUUCCUCCAGUAAAACUAAACGUAGACUCGGACUGGACUGAGGCUGUACUAUAGUGGAAAUCUUCCUUAUGGAAAUCAGUGUGUGUCUCAUUUUCACCAGAGGAGGGAGUCCCUGACGCUCAACUCUACAGUCAGCCGCACAAUCCAACGAGCAGAUCCUGUAGCCUUCACUGUGGAAGGGUCAGUCUAUGCCCUGUCUCUUUGACCAUGUAAUGUCAGAUAGGGAUUUUAUCAUGAUAGGGAACUAUAUGGGAUUUAGUUAAUCUGAUAAAAUACAGUUGGUAUAAAAUACAUUUUUCAGUUCAGAAAAAUUAUAAUCUUAGCAAAUAAUACUUGAAUCUCACAUCAAGUUAGAACAUGCACAAGUUAAAAUGUAUUGAAUCUCCCAAGAUUUCGCAGUCGUCCCAGAAAUGGUUUUAGUUGGAACCAAGCCUCAGCCCAACCCGUAAAACAUGGAUCAAGCCCAAUACUACUGUAUGUUCAUAAUAAAAUCCUGCUUCUCUGUC